GCCCCCCUCCCCAUCCUCUCUCCUACGCUGCGGCGGCUGCCAUGCCCCGGCAGGUGGACGAUGGUCGCCCGCGCCUCAAGCGCCGGGCGGAGGACCGCGGCGGGGGUUGUCCGACCGACCACUGGCGCCCCUCCUCAGAGGCGAGUCGCCGUGAGGCCAACCUACGUCACUCCAUGCUGAAGGGCAAGGCCGUCGCUCCCGGUGACGCAACUGACCGAUGGGACUCCAGGUCUCGAGACCCUUCCCCCGACCACUGGCGGUCGCGGGAUCGGCGCUGCACUUCUCGAGGCCGCAGAUCUAUGUUCCGAGUGAGAUCCCCUCCUCGCCAAGAUUCAUCGCCGCCCCGGUGCUACAACCAUCCACACCACCAUCCUCAACUCCCUCCCAUCGACAAGUCCAACCGCAACCAAAAUGGCAAGGGGAACUUCGUGAAGAAUAAGAAGGCCUUCCCUAGGGCACAAGGUGGUGCCGGGCUAUCCUCUUCGGUCCUGCCCCUCUCCUUGGCGGUGGGCACUCCGCAGCAGGAUCCAGCGACAUCGAGUGCUCCUGUCGCGACCUACUUUAACUGCGGGGAGGACGGAAACUACCAAGUAGGGUGUCCGAAUCCACCCUCCCGCUACCUCUACAAGCGUCCGAGUUGCCCGACCCUCUUAUGCCCGUACGAGUCGAUUGAGGGUGAGUUGAUGUUAUAUGGCCAUGGGAUUACGGGCAUGGGCUUCUUUCAUAUGGAGGUGGAAGAGAUCGAAGCCUCCACCCCGCCUCUCACUGCUCUCAUUUCAAUCUUGGGCGACAAGACGGCGUCUCCGGCCACCAUCACCGACGAGCUGAGACACCUCUUCCGUCCAGAUUGGGAUUGGGCGGUGACCCCUAUAUCCGACCGUGAGUUCACAACAGUGUUUCCGAACCCGAUUAGCUUGCGCUAUGCCACUCAUAGUGCGGGCCUCACGCUCGCACUCAACAAGAUCAAUGUCAACAUCUCCGUUCCAACAGUGGAUCCUCUGGCGGCAGUUGUGCUUGAGACGGUUUGGCUACAAAUUCGUGGUCUCCCGCCUAUUGCCAAGAAGGAACGGGUGAUCCGCAACAUGUCGAGGAUCCUUGGCAAGAUCAUUGUGGUAGAUGAGCUAUCGUUGUUCAAGGGUGAUGUAGUCCGUGUCAAGGUCAAGACGGUUGAUUCUUCCAAGCUCCAAGCCACGGUUCGUGUUUUCUUCAAUGACAUUGGCUAUGAUCUUCGCGUCUCUGUUGAGGGGGCAGUCCAUGGGGGAUCUUAUGGCCCGGAGGGAGCUGGCGACUCCGGUGGAGACCAGGGCAGUGGACGUGGAGGUGGACGAGAUAGCCACCACCGUCGCCAUGGCUUGUACCUGGGCUCCGAGGAGGAAGAUGAUGAGCUCUCGGACCCAGACAAUUCCUCCAAGCGUUCAGCUCACAUGACUUCCAAGGUCGGGACUUCUCCAACCACUUCAGAGAUUGAGGCCAUUGCGGUCAUGCUGGAGGAGGGAUCUACUACCCCAUACGGUUCUUCACUGCGAUGGUCUUGCUCACCUUCCCUCUACCUCCCGGCCGAUGCCUAUGAGUCCAAUGACACAAAAAAUGUCGGUCUGGACGUUCUCCCACCAUCUUCUCCAUCGCCUGGUGGAUCCCUAGUGAUGGUGGUCUCACCUGGUCUCGACCGGGAGGCCACUGAGGUGGUGCAGCCUGCUCUACCGUCUACUAAGUUGCCUGUGGUGCCAGCUUCAGUGGGAGGUGGCUUGGAGGAGGACGCCCCUAGGAGGCUGAUGAUGUCGACUCCUCUUCCGUCGCGUGUGGUCAGCCUCAACACCGUCGACUUCUGUACGCAAGAGCGCCCACCUGGAGUCGUCCCCUCACAGCUUAGGUUCUUCUCCCAACACAAUGGAGAAGGUCGUGCGUCGCGCUGUCGCCAGGAACCUCGACACAGCUAUAACAACCGCUAAGCAAGCGACACGCUCAGGAGAGCAUCGACAGGAUCUCAUCCAGCCUUCACUCCAUCGCCUCACGUCUUGCGUCGACACCUCCUUCACCGCUUCCACCGGCACCACAUCCGCAUCCCGAGACAGUUUAUUUUCCUAGCUUCAUCUUAGGGGAUGUUGUGUUGAGUCCCAAUAGGACUAUUUAUAUUAUUUUAUGUAUUCUUGCAACUUGGACGUCUAUGUGUAUGCACUUUGUGGUUGGUCAUUACUUUAUAAUAUAAAGCGGGGGAAA